AUGCCCAGGAUCCGGCCCCAGCUGUCCAAGGAGAAGAUAGAGGGGUGUCACAUCUGCACCUCAGUGACGCCCGGUGAGCCCCAGGUGCUGCUGGGGAAGGACAAGGCCUUCACCUACGACUUUGUCUUUGACCUGGACACAUGGCAGGAGCAGAUCUACACGACAUGCGUGGGCAAGCUCAUCGAAGGCUGCUUCGAGGGCUACAAUGCCACCGUGCUGGCGUAUGGCCAGACUGGUGCGGGGAAGACCUACACCAUGGGCACUGGCUUCGACAUGAACAUCUCGGAGGAUGAGCAGGGCAUCAUCCCGCGGGCCAUCGGCCACCUCUUCAGCGGCAUCGAGGAGCGCAAGCGGGCGGCGCAGAGUCAGGGCAUGGCAGCACCCGAGUUCAAAGUCAGCGCCCAGUUCCUGGAGCUCUACAACGAGGAGAUCCUGGACCUGUUUGACAGUGCCCGCGACCCUGACGCACGCCACCGCAAAUCCAACAUCAAAAUCCAUGAGGAUGCCAGCGGGAGCAUUUAUACCACAGGGGUCACGUCGCGCCUCAUCAGCUCGCAGGACGAGCUGAUCCAGUGCCUAAAGCAGGGGGCUCUUUCCCGCACCACUGCCAGCACCCAGAUGAAUGUGCAGAGCUCCCGGUCCCACGCCAUCUUCACCAUUCACCUGUGCCAGAUGAGAGUGUGCACCCGCCCGGAGCUGCCGCAGGUGAACGGGGAGGUGCCCAGCCUCCUGGAUGGAGCCCAGCCCACCACCGAGUACGAGACCCUCACGGCCAAGUUUCACUUCGUAGACCUGGCUGGCUCAGAGAGGCUGAAGCGCACGGGUGCCACUGGCGAGAGAGCGAAGGAAGGCAUUUCCAUCAACUGUGGGCUGCUGGCCUUGGGGAAUGUCAUCAGUGCCCUUGGAGACCAGAGCAAGAAAGUCGUGCAUGUGCCCUACCGCGACUCCAAGCUCACCCGCCUGCUGCAGGAUUCCCUCGGGGGCAACAGCCAAACCAUCAUGAUUGCCUGCGUGAGCCCAUCUGACCGGGACUUCAUGGAGACCCUGAACACGCUCAAGUAUGCCAACCGGGCUCGCAACAUCAAGAACAAGGUGGUGGUGAACCAGGACAAGACCAGUCAGCAGAUCAGUGCCCUGCGGGCCGAGAUCGCCCGCCUGCAGAUGGAGCUUAUGGAGUACAAGGCGGGCAAGCGCAUCAUUGGGGAGGACGGCUCGGAGGGCUACAGCGACCUCUUCCGCGAGAACGCCAUGCUGCAGAAGGAGAACAGCACCCUGCGCAUGCGGGUGAAGGCCAUGCAGGAGGCCAUCGAUGCUAUCAACAGCAGGGUCACCCACCUCAUGAGCCAGGAGGCCAAUCUGAUGCUGGCCAAGGCAGGUGAUGGUAACGAAGCCAUUGGUGCCCUCAUCCAGAACUACAUCCGGGAGAUUGAAGAGCUGAGGACGAAACUCCUGGAGAGCGAGUCCAUGAAUGAGUCUCUGCGUCGCAGCCUCUCGCGUGUUGCUGCCCGGCCCCCCUACUCCAUGGGCUCAUCCCCAGCAUCUGGCUUGGCUGGGCUGUGCAGCCCCGCUGCUCCGGUGGAGACGGAGGCCUCCGAUGUCCUCCGACGGGCCAAGCAGGACCUGGAGCGCCUGAAAAAGAAAGAGAGGAGGCAGCGGAGGAAAAGCCCGGAGAAGGAAGCAUUUAAGAAGCGGCAGAAACUGCAGCAGGACAACGGGGAGGAGACAGACGAGAACGAGGUGGAAGAGGAGGAGGAGGAACAGGACGAGAGUGGCUGUGAGGAGGAGGAUGGACGUGAGGAUGAAGAUGAGGACUCGGGCAGUGAAGAGAGCCUGGUGGACUCAGACUCGGAUGCAGAGGAGAAGGCCGUGAAUUUCCAGGCCGACCUGGCGGAUUUGACUUGCGAGAUAGAGAUCAAGCAGAAGCUGAUUGAUGAGCUGGAGAACAGCCAGCGGCGCCUGCAGACCCUCAAGCACCAGUACGAGGAGAAGCUGAUCCUGCUGCAGAACAAGAUUCGGGACACACAGCUGGAGCGGGACCGCGUCCUGCAGAAUCUCAGCACCAUGGAGUGCUACACGGAGGAGAAAGCCAACAAGAUCAAAGCAGACUACGAGAAGCGGCUGAAGGAGAUGAACCGGGACCUGCAGAAGCUCCAGGCAGCCCAGAAGGAGCACGCUCGCUUGCUCAAGAACCAGUCCCGCUACGAGCGGGAGCUGAGGAAGCUGCAGGCAGAGGUGGCCGAGAUGAAGAAGGCAAAGGUUGCGCUGAUGAAGCAGAUGCGGGAGGAGCAGCAACGGAGGCGGCUGGCAGAGACGAAGAGGAAUCGGGAGAUCGCGCAGCUCAAGAAGGAGCAGCGUCGGCAGGAGUUUCAGAUCCGGGCUCUGGAGUCUCAGAAGCGGCAGCAGGAGAUAGUGCUGCGGAGAAAAACCCAGGAGGUCUCGGCGCUGCGCCGUCUCGCCAAGCCCAUGUCCGACCGGGUCGCAGGCAGGACAAGCCAGAAGCCGGCCAUGCUGGACUCGGGCGCGGAGGUCUCGGCCAGCACCACCUCCUCUGAGCCUGAGUCUGGUGCUCGCUCAGUCUCCAGCAUCGUGCGCCAGUGGAACAGGAAAAUCAACAACUUCCUGGGAGACUCCCCCUCCUCCGUGAACGGGGCUCGGCCCGCCAGGAAGAAGUUCCCCAAGAAGGGGGCGAGCCAGACCUUCAGCAAAGCCGCCCGCCUCAAGUGGCAGUCACUGGAGCGGCGCAUCUUUGACAUUGUCAUGCAGAGGAUGACCAUCGUCAACCUGGAGGCUGACAUGGAGCGGCUCAUCAAGAAACGCGAGGAGCUGGCGCUGCUGCAGGAAGCAUUGCUGGGUAAGAGAGCAAAACUGCAGGCAGAGAGCCCCAAGGAGCAGAAGGGGCUGCAGGAGCUGAACGAGGAGAUCGAGGUGCUGGGGGCCAACAUCGACUACAUCAACGACAGCAUUUCUGACUGCCAAGCCACCAUCAUGCAGAUCGAGGAGACUAAGGAGGAGCUGGACUCCACGGACACCUCGGUGGUGAUCAGCUCCUGCUCCCUGGCCGAAGCCCGGCUCCUGCUGGACAACUUCCUGAAGGCCUCCAUCGACAAGGGGCUGCAGGUGGCGCAGAAGGAGGCCCAGAUCCGCCUGCUGGAGGGGCGCCUGCGGCAGACAGAUGUGACCGGCUCCUCGCAGAACCACGCCAUCCUGGACGCCCUGCGGGAGAAGGCUGAGUCGCACCCUGAGCUGCAGGCCCUGAUCCACAACGUCCAGCAAGAGAACGGCUACACCAGCACAGACGAGGAGGUCUCGGAGUUCAGCCUGGCUUCAGAUGGGAGCAUCUCCCAGUCUUUCACCAUGAAGGGCUCAGCAAGCCAGGAUGACUUCAAGUUCAAGGGAGAGCCCAAGCUCUCAGGGCAGAUGAAGGCAGUGUCGGCUGAGUGUCUAGGACCCACGCUGGACGUCUCCACCAAGAACAUCACCAAGUCCUUGGCAUCCCUCAUGGAGAUCAAAGAGGAUGGGAUCAGCUUCUCCAUCCGAGACCCCUAUUACAAGGAGAAGGUGUCGCGCACCAUCAGCCUGCCCACGCGAGGAAGCACCUUUCCUAGGCAAUCUCGUGGCUCAGACACUUCACCUCUGACAAGGAGGAAAUCCUAUGACCGUGGGCAACCUGCCAGGCCUCCAGAUGUUGGCUUCACACCUCCCUCAUCCCCACCCACCCGUCCACGCAACGACCGCAAUGUCUUCUCUCGUCUCACGAGCAACCAGAGCCAGGGGUCUGCCUUGGAUAAGUCUGAUGACAGCGAUUCCUCUGUCUCGGAGGUGCUGAGGGGCGUCAUUAACCCGGUGGGUGGCACCAAGAAUGCCCGGACAGCCCCGCUGCAGUGCGUCUCCGUGGCAGAAGGACACACCAAGCCUGUGCUCUGCCUGGAUGCCACCGAUGAGCUGCUUUUCACUGGGUCCAAAGACCGGAGCUGCAAAAUGUGGAACCUAGUGACGGGCCAAGAAAUUGCUUCCCUCAAGGGUCACCCAAACAACGUGGUUUCCAUCAAGUACUGCAGCCACACGGGACUGGUGUUCACCGUGUCCACGUCGUACAUCAAAGUGUGGGACAUCCGGGACUCGGCCCGGUGCAUCCGCACCCUCACGUCUUCUGGGCAGGUGAUCUCCGGGGACGCGUGUGCCGGGACCACCACCCGCACUGUCACCAGCGUGCAGGGCGAGCACCAGAUCAACCAGAUCGCUCUCAACCCCACUGGCACCACGCUCUACGCUGCCACUGGGAACUCCGUCCGCAUCUGGGAGCUGAGCAGGUUGCAGCCCAUCGGGAAGCUGAGCGGCCACAUCGGGCCUGUGAUGUGUCUCACGGUAAACCAGACGGCGAGCAACCAUGACCUGGUGGUCACAGGCUCCAAAGAUCACUAUGUCAAGGUCUUUGAGAUUGCUGAGGGCACGGUGGGCAAUAUUGGCCCCACUCACAACUUUGAGCCCCCUCACUAUGACGGCAUCGAGUGCCUGGCCAUCCAGGGAGACGUCCUCUUCAGCGGCUCCAGGGACAACGGCAUAAAGAAAUGGGAUCUGGAGCAGCAGGAACUUAUCCAGCAAAUCCCCAAUGCCCACAAAGACUGGGUCUGUGCCCUGGCCUUCAUCCCCGGCCGCCCCAUGGUGCUGAGUGCCUGCCGAGGAGGCAUGAUCAAAGUCUGGAACGUGGACACCUUCACCCCGGUUGGGGAGAUCAAAGGGCACGACAGCCCCAUCAACGCCAUCUGCACCAACUCAAAGCACAUCUUCACCGCCUCCAGCGACUUGACAGUGAAGCUCUGGAGCGGGAGGAGGUUACCCACGGGGUCGAACUAGGAACUGCACGACUGGAAGAUGUGACAGGAGGGUGAAGGUUGGGGCACCUCUGCCUUGCAGUCAAGACCCUGUCACCUACAGGAGCUCAGCCCAGGGACAGGGAUUUCUUUGUGCCUGACCCAACGGGGUGGACCAUGUCCCACCUGGUACUUGGAGCACUGCCAGCUUCUGCGAGGAGGCAGCUCUGUGGGGCACCGUCAGCUCCACCUUCCCUCCCGCUGAGGUUUCUUGAUGGUUUUCCAGUGACCGGGAAAUGUUUUGUUUCCCUUCUCACCCACCCUGCUGCAACACCUGCCAGGACUUCUGGGGCUCAGGGCUCCUUGGCUCCUUCUCAGAGACACCCAAUUCCCUCCUGCCACCAUGGGCUCCACUGUGACGUGCUGCUUCUGUCCCUCUUGGCUCCGGGGCUGGAUCCUGCAGGAGUCUUUCUCCACUCCACGGCUAUGAGGACAUUUGGUGUCUGCUGGCCAGGACCACAGCACAGAGGGGCUACUUCUAUGGAGACAUUACUCGUGGGACAACCUCUCUGCUGGGAGCGGGCUGCAGAAGGAUUUCCAGGUAGUCCCAUCAUUCCCCAUCCUCUGUCUACCCGUCCCCAGGCAUUGGAGGUGGGCGUCUCUAAGCUCCUUUGCCAUGUCCCAGCCAUGGAGGCAGGGCAAGCCUGGGAAGAUCUCCAUCAGGCAACUUCCAGACAAACCUUCUGCAGUUCCCUUCAACGUUCUCCAAACCCCAGUUGUAAACUCAGCUGACCCAUGGCUCUUGGGCUCUUCCACGUGUGCCCACCCUGUUCUGCACUGGGGAGGGGCUGCUUAGCCCUGCUCUUGAUGCCUUGGCCCUCAGCAGGGCUUUUGUGGUGGGUUCCUGCAGCAUGUUAACCCCCUUGAGAUGGAGAAAUGAAGCAAGAGUGGAGGUUCCAGGGCAAAGAAGCCAAGGCUGGAUUUGUCACCCCCACCCCUGUGGCCCAUCUUGUUUUGCCAUCACUGGGAGCUGGAAGCUGUAACUCCUUCCCCCAGGCUCUGCUCUGAGCCCUCUACCAGGGAGAGGGCUGGUGGAGCUCAGGUUUGGCCCAUCAGCCCCCAUGGAUCCAGGAGCCACAGGGGGCCUGGUUGAGGCAUGGAGCAGCUGGAGUUCAGGCCAGGAUGGAAUCAACCAUGCUGGGAGCGGGGUGAGGAGGGGGUUGCACACACCGGUUUCGCACAAGUCCCCCGAUUCACCCCACGCUUGAAGGACAAUGCUGCAGUGGAUGAUCUUGCACAAUCCAACCUCCACGAAAGGCUGGGGGCUCUGACCAGAAGUGUGUCCCCAAGGACACAGCUUCUCCAGGUUCCCUCCUCCCUCUCUCCCGCGCUGGGGCUAGCAAGGCCCUAGCCUCACAUGGGAGCUUUUCUCCAUCUCUCCCUUGGCUCGUUGGGCCAUCCCCUGCUCCAUCCUGGCCUGGGCCAGGCAGAGCUUGUGGGGUGGCCAAGGAGACCCCAGGAGCAGUGCUCUCACCUCACGUGCUCUCACUUCCUCUCUAUCGCAGAAGAAGCAGCGUCUGAACUCAAUUUGUAAGGAUUUUUCCGUGUGAUCCCACCAGCACUGAACUGCAACCUCAGAGGCCAGGGGCGCCAGGACCUGCCCCGUAAAGCACAGACCAUUUCCCCUCUGCUUUGUCCAACCAUGGUAACUCAUGGACCAGCCCCGGGUCAUUUGCCCCCAGCCCUCGUUAAAACCAUUCCAGGUGGAGCACGGGAAUUCCUCUGCAGCUUGAAAGGCAGGAGAAUCUCUGUUGAUUUGAUGGGGGUUGUUCUUCGCCUCUUGACCCAUCCUGCUGCCUUGCCUUGGUGGGUGUGAACCUGCCCAGGACAGUGACCGGUCCCUGGUGAUGGUGCCUCAGCCCCGCAGAGCCCAGGCCUGGUGGUGGCCUCGAGGCGAGGAGCCCUGCCCAGCUGGCGAAGUGGUGCCGGCGCCAGCAGCUGUGGGCUCUGCUGGACUGGAGGGGGGCAACCGAAAAUGCACAGAGCAUCAGGGCCAGCACAGAUGGGGGGGCUGGAGGAGGUGUUGCCCCCCAAGCCUGUCUUGGAGAGGAUUUCCCUGCUCAUUCCUGAGCCGGUUUAACCUUGGCUUUGCCAGAGGGGGGGAUGUGCUUGGCUGCCAUGUGCAUUGGCGUCUGCACCAAGAGCUGCCGGUGCCUGACCUGAGCCUCUCACUGCUCCCUGCCGAAGGCGGGGAGGGACCUGCUCCUGGGGGCUUGGGCUGAAGCCCUGCCUUGCCUUUUGCCACCAAAUCCUUCCUGUGCGUGGGCUGCGAGUGCCGAUCCUGGGUGAUGCUGAGCAUCCACCUCGCUGCUAUGUCCAGCGGCACCUCAAGGGGGCUUCAGGGCUUUGGCACCCUGCGGGUGGAGGGAGCCGCCUUCCGGCACAGCAGCAAGGUCUCUGCCCCUGCGGAGAGGGGGGCUUUGAAGCGAGGGAUGGCUCUGAUCCCAUAGCUCUGUGUGUGUGUGUGUGUGUGUGCGUGUGUGUGUGUGUCUAUGUCUUAGUGCCUGCGUGGGUUGGUAUUGCCCACGCAGGAGAGUGUUUCUCGGGUGUUGAUCUGGUUUAGCUACCUCACGGUGCAAGCUGGGUGCUGUCGUCACUGGGUUUUGUCUUGGGGAUGGAGUAGGAGUU